CAUGGGAUUUUCCAGGCAAGAGUACUGGACUGGGUUGCCAUUGCCUUCUCCGAUGAGGUCCUUUAAAUUAUUACUAAUUAUUCAAACUAGAAAUGAAAAAGUUGCUGAAGCCUCCUACAGAUUUUAAUUUCUAUCAAAGUGAAUGCCAGUGUCUAAUAUAUUAAAAGAAAAAUCUCUUUGGGACCUUUUUCCUAAAUGUAAAGGGGCCUUCAACCUGAAAAGGGAGAAAACCACUGGGUUUAUCCCCAGCCAUGAUCGGUCCAUUGCUUGCUCUGCCCGCACAGGGAAUCACUGUGAUGAAACUCACAAAACACCCUUUAUAAGACCCCCAGCUGGGUGCAGAUUUUGUCCACAGAGCCCAGGAAGCUGAUUUUGGUGACCUGACGGCUGGACCUACAGUUAGCGAGCUUUUGUCCGUGAUUUUGUGAUUUUGUUGAUUUUUUCCUUUUACUCUUUCUUUUUCUUUUUUUCCUUUGUUAUUUUCUCAUUUUGUAAAUUUGCGUCUGAUCAUUUGUUUCUUUCAUUUUUAGUUUCUCCUCAUUUUUUUGUUUUUUUUUUCCCAUUUUUCCCCUUAGUUCUUUUUCUUAUUUUAUCUUAUUUUUUUUUUAGUUAGUAUAGCUAGUAUUAGUAGAGAGAGUAUCAUUGAUAUAGUUAGAAUAUUUGGUGUAGAUAAUAUUGUUAGCAUAGAUAGUACAGUUAGUGUUAGCGCUGUUAGUACCAUUGGUAUACUUAGCAAAAGUCUGUACAGUUAAUACUUUAUUAGCAUAGUUAGUGUUAGCGCUGCUAGCACAGUGGUGAGCAGUAAUAUAGUUGUAUAGCACUGUUUGCAUAUGCAGUAUUGCUAGAACAGUCAGGAUGCUUAGUGAGGGCUUAGUGGUGGUGAGUAUACUUAGUGGUAUAGUUAGCAUAGUUAGGUAAUUAGUACAGCUUACUGGUAGUUAGUAUAGUUAGAGAUGCAGGACCUUAUGGCCAUCUCCGCUAACAAGAUUGCUCAUAUUGAUUAUUAUGAGAUAUUUCAGACAAUUGGUGAAGGCCACUUUGCCAAAGUGAAGUUGGCCAGGCAUGUUCUGACCAUGGGAGUGGUAGCCAUCAAGGCCAUUAACAAGACAAAUCAGAGCUUCUCCAGGCUCCAGGAACUGUUUUGAGAGGUUAAUAGCCUGAGAAUUGUAAACUACCCAAAUAUUGUGAAACUCCUUGAACUGAUUGAUACUGAGGAGACUCUGUUUAUAGUAAUGGAGUACCUCAGCAGGGGAGACGAGUUCACCCACUUGGAAGCCAAAGGCCGCAAGACGGAUGGGGAGGCCCGAGGCCCAUUCCGCCAGCUGGUCUCGGCUCUGCAGCACUGCCACCAGCGGGGCAUGGUACACGGGGACUUGAAGCUGGGCAACCUCCUCCUCGAUGCCAACAACGACGCCAAGAUAUCUGACUUCGGCCUUAGCAACCAGUGGCACCCACAAAAGAAGCUAGACACUUUCUGCGGCAGCCCUGCGUUUACAGCCCCAGAACUCUUCCUGGGGAGGCCUUACACAGGCCCAGAGCAGGAUGUGUGGAGCCUUGGCAGCAUCCUAUACACCAUGGUAACUGGAUCCCUCCCCUUCGGGGACAAGAUUUCUGGGAGCUUGGCAGCCUGUGCUUAGGGGGCAGUACCAUGUGCCCAAAUAUCUAAUGAGAUAAUAGACUUCUAGAAAUAAUGCUAACACUCAACCUACCAAGAGAGGUACUUUAGAUGAUGUUUGGCAGCAUCCAUGGCUGAACGUGGGCCAGGAGUCACUCCCGCCAGCCUGUGAACAGCACCCUGGGAUGACAGUGGAGACAAUACUGGGCUGGUGCAGGGACCAACUCCAGGGUUUACACAUAAGCAGCGGCAGUGACAUGAAUGAACCCAAGGUGAGGGCCCGCACCAUCAUUGUGAGGCCGGCCGUUACCUCCAACCUCAGCAGCCAAGAACAUAAGCCUACCCCCAGCCCUGAGAUAUCCAUGCUUAUUUCUGCCUGGCUUUGGGAGACCAUCCAGCAGCAGGAGAACCAGGAGUCAAGGGAGAAGACCAGAGAGCCUGCCA